CUUGCCUGUUGGCGCCCUGCAAUUGGCGGGAGGAACGGCGUGUGUAGUCGAGGGAGGAGAGACCAACCCCUUAGCGACACCACCCACACGCGGACCACUGAGACUUUAUGCUCCCCCAAGGGUAAACGUAGGAGGUAAAAAGAUCUUCCGCUGCGUAAAGCUGGGUCGACCCGGAAACAAAAUCUUUUUUAAAAAAACCUAUUCACGCUCUGGAGGGGCGGGGAAAAUUGAUAUGCCGGGAGGACAGGACAGCUUCGCAGGUUGCUAAGCGACGAGGCGGGAGCGUGCGCACACCCAGUCCGCUGGGGAGCACCUGAGAGAACUGUGGCGGCUGCGACUCCGAGACCGAAGACACCCAGUGAGAGCGCCGCUCCUUCCCGGGUCCUCCUUCCCCAGCGCAGGGAACCCUCUGCUUCAGGUAGUGUCCGGUGGCGAGGCGAGGGCUGUGCGGGGACGCUUACUCUGAGGCGGCCGCAGACGCGCUUCUUCCCCACUCCGGAGGCAGGACAUAGAUUCCUUCUGCCAUCAGAUGUCUUUCUGCUUGACUGAACUGCACCUGUGGUCUUUGAAGAAUACCUUACACAUUGGGGACAGAGACAUCGGGAUCUACCAGUAUUAUGACAAGAAAGAUCCAGCAGCGACAGAGCAUGGUAACUUAGAAGAAAAGCAGAAGCUGGCAGAGUCACGAGAUUAUCCUUGGACGCUUAAAAACAGACGCCCAGAAAAACUCCGAGACUCACUCAAAGAGUUGGAGGAGCUGAUGCAAAACAGUCAGUGUGUGCUGAGCAAAUGGAAGAACAAAUAUGUCUGUCAGCUCCUCUUUGGUUCAGGUGUGCUGGUGUCCUUAAGCCUUUCUGGGCCGCAGCUGGAGAAAGUGGUGAUUGACAGAAGCCUAGUGGGGAAGCUCAUCUCAGACACCAUCAGUGAUGCUCUUCUCACAGACAGUUUUAUCAUCUUAUCAUUUUUGGCACAAAACAAACUAUGUUUUAUUCAGUUUACAAAGAAGAUGGAUUCUCCUGAUGUAAACAAAAGACUGGAAAAACUCUCAGCCUUGGAUUAUAAGAUUUCCUAUUAUGAAAUACCUGGCCCAGUAAACAGGACAACAGAGCGUCAUCUAGCUAUUAAUUGUGUUCAGGAUAUAAUUGUUUGCUGGUGGCCACUCGUCAGUGAUGAUGCUUGGCCGUGGACCCCUAUUUCUUCUGAGAAGGACAGAGCCAAUCUGCUGCUCCUGGGUUAUGCUCAAGGAAGACUAGAGGUUCUGAGUUCUGUCCGCACAGAAUGGGACCCACUGGAUGUUUGCUUUGGCACCAAACAGCCUUAUCAGGUGUUCACAGUGGAGCGCUCCAUUAGUGUAGACAAAGAGCCCAUGGCUGACAGCUGCAUCUAUGAAUGUGUUUGGAACAAAAUCCAGUGUGUGUCAGUCACCAGAAUACCACUAAAAUCGAAGGCCAUCAGCUGCUGCAGGAAUGUUACUGAAGACAAACUAAUUCUGGGCUGUGAAGAUUCUUCAGUAAUUCUUUAUGAAACUCACCGUAGAGUGACUCUCUUAGCUCAGGCUGAACUUUUGCCUUCAUUAAUAAGCUGCCACCCAAGUGGCGCCAUUCUGCUAGUUGGCAGCAACCAAGGGGACCUGCAAAUUUUUGAUAUGGCUCUCUCCCCUAUUAACAUCCAGCUCUUGGCUGAAGACCGCUUACCCAGGGAGACUCUGCAGUUCAAUAAGUUCUUUGAUGUUCCCAGCAGUCUUGUUCAAAUGCAGUGGAUAGCUCCUCAGGUUGUUUCACAGAAGCAUGAAAGUGGUGACAUCUGUGACCUCCUCUUCCUCAGGUUUGACAGAGGACCUUUGGGUGUGCUUUUGUUUAAACUUGGUAUCUUCACUCAAGGACAGCUGGGCCUGGUAGACAUCAUCUUCCAGCACAUUCACUGUGAUGAGAUCUAUGAGGCGAUAAACAUCCUGAGCAGCAUGAACUGGGACACUCUGGGCCCCCAGUGCUUUCUCAGCAUGAGUGCUAUUGUAAACCAUCUUCUUAGACAAAAGCUCACUCCAGAGACAGAAGCACAGCUUGAGGCAAGCCUUGGAACCUUCUAUGCUCCAACAAGACCACUUCUGGAUACAACUAUAUUGGAAUACAGAGACCAAAUCAGCAAAUAUACAAGGAGAUUCUUCCACCACUUGCUCAGGUACCAGAGAUUUGAAAAGGCAUUUCUCUUAGCUGUUGACAUUGGUGCUCGUGACCUGUUUAUGGAUAUCCAUUACCUUGCACUAGAUAAGGGUGAAUUGGCACUAGCUGAAGUGGCAAGAAAAAGAGCUAGUGACAUUGAUGCAGAAACAAUAACCUCUGGAGUUGAACUCUUGGGGCCCUUGGACAGAGGUGAUAUGCUAAAUGAAGCUUUUGACGGUCUAUCUUUAGCAUCUCAAAGGGAAGACUCAUUUCCAGACAACUUUCCUCCCUUUGGUUCAACCCACAGACAUAUUAUUCAACAAAGAAUACUGAAUGGCUCUUCUAACAGACAAGUAAUUGACAGAAGAAAUGAGCCUGAAAAAGACAUCUGUGCUGGAUCUUUGACAACUAAUACCUGUAAUGCAGAAGAAGCAGAACAGAGAGAAGACUGCAGAGGACAGGAAAUUGGAGAUGGUGGUUCUCUCCGAAUGAUUCACUUCGGUUUGGUGUAAUUAGAAACUUUUUUUUAACUUCAAAAAGAAAGCUGCCUUUUUCUCAUCUACUCUUUUUCAUGGCCUGAUACAGAUUAAAAUCUCUCUGUAUGAAUUUUUAAAAACGAAAGACAAUCUGAAUUAGUUAAGAGGUUUAAAUUCAGAGUGUUUUCAAAAUAAAGUUUUAUUAGUUUCAAAAAUAUGUAGCAUAACAACAGCAAAGUGAUCCUAAAUGUUAUAAAAAAUCUUUAACCUAUUCAUUUUCAAUGAUGUACAAAUUUUGAAAGUAACUUAAAUUGUACAUUCGGUAGAAAAUAUAAACUUUAUUCUCCCAAGUAUUUAUCCUCUUUUGAUCUUAUAUACAUCAUUAAUUUACAUUACAAAUAAAGUAUUUAGUAAGCAAAAAAUUCAGCCAGACCCACUGUUGGUAGACAAUUCUUCAUGGAUCUCUCAAAUUACUGCUAUGACUUUUUUCCCCUGACUGCCCCUUGGAACACAGAGAUACUGUCUCCCUUCUAGAGCAAAGGGCAGGCAUACUUACUACCCAUUAUAUUAAUAAAAGAUUUGAGUUCUUUAA